CUCUUCAGGUCAGCAGAAACAAAUAGUACAAAGUAAGAAAAUGAAAGUGUACCAAAAAUGAUUUGCAUACAUAGAGUAAAAAAAGAAAAACAUUGUACAAAUAUAUAAGCAUAUACUGUAUACAGUAAAGACAGAGGUAGCAGCUUUAACAGUGUAAUUGUGCAAAAGUGGUGCAAGAGACUGCAAGUUGCUGCAGUUCCUGUGCUUGGGAUUGUUCAUUAUGGGGGCUGGACGGAGGUCACUGUUCAGGAGCCAUUCAUCUGGCAUACCACACCAUUGCUCAGUUGGUCUGGAUGCUCUCGAUGGUUUUCCUGUAAAAGUUCACCAACAGUGUCUAUGGAAUCUGGGCCUGUUUCAGCUUCCUGAUGAAAAACAGUCUCUGUUGGGCCUUUUGACAAGCUGUGAGGUAUUAGAGGUCCAUGUCAGCUGCCUCAACAAGGUGACAUUCCACCUCAUUACCAUGUUUUUUUGUGAUCAAGUUUUUGUUGAUUUUUUAAAUGUAAGUAUGGAGGGUGAGAUUACAAAUUGAUGAAUCAUCAACAAAGUAAAACAAAGUAAUCUCACAUGCCCAUGCAAUAUAGAAUUGGCAAUCAGCUAUAUGGAGAAAGGGGAAAAUAAUUUUAAAAAAUAAUAAAAACAAAGCAAACAAUGACAGGAAUAGCAAACAAAAAGAAAUAAGGAAUAAGCAAGUCCCUCCCAUCCCACCAACCCUGAACCUUGGGGACACGGAGAACAAUUAAAUGAAAUAUUUGAUUGUAAUUUAGCCAGGUGUAUUUUGGCAGCCCAGUGUUCCAGACCUGCUAUAUCAAGGAAAUCUAAAAGACAUUUUUGUAGCUUUGUCACCACUUCAUUACCAUGUAUGUGGAGGGGGUGGUGCUCUCUUCCUUUAGUUCUCCUGAAGGGAAUAAUCAGCUCCUUUGUCUUGGAGGUGCUAAGGACCAGGUUGUUGUCCUCACACCACCUCGUUCCACACGUUCACCUCAAGCCUGUAUGCUGGCUCCUUGUUGUCUGCAAUCCGGCCCACUUCAGUUGUGUCGGUCAGCAAAUUUUAUGAUGGAGUUACAGGUGUAGAUGAGGGUGCAGUCAUUUGUGAAAAUUUGUGGGGUGCCUGUGUUUAGGAUGAGGGUGGAGGAAGUUACAAAUCAUGAAACCUAAUUUAGUUUUUAAUCAAUUAUGACUGGAUAGCUAUCUAGAUGUGGAGAAUGUGCGAGGCUCUGCGUCAUGUUUCUGCGGUGCUACAUCUGGAAACGGGAGCAGAGUGAGACAUCUUUAUUUUUAGCUCUGGAAAAAGGUGCAGAGUGAGACAUUUUCCCAGCUGCUUUGUCACGAACUAUCUGUGCUCCCUUUUGGUCCCGCCCCCGGAAACUGAACGUUCAUCCGCGCGCGGGAUUCAAUUUUUAAGAAGCAGCUGUCGGGCGGGCGGUCAGUCAGCGCGAGACACAAACGAACAACAACAACACAACCUGUAUCUACCUCACUGUCAGGACUAACAACCUUGAAGAGAUUGUUUUAAACAUGGCAACUCCACCGAAGAGGCCGUUCCGUCUGUCCGCCAGUCCGCAGCUCAACGACAGCUUCUCCCGCAGGCACAAGAAGAUCUCCAUCGAGGGAAACAUCGCUGCCGGGAAGUCCACCUUUGUACGUGUCCUUGAGGGGGCGUCAGAGGACUGGGAGGUGAUUCCUGAGCCCAUUGGGAAAUGGUGCAAUGUCCAGAACGACAGCGAUGAUGUUUACCAGGAGCUGAGCUCCUCUCAGAAGAGUGGAGGAAACCUGCUGCAGAUGUUGUACGACAAACCGAGCCGCUGGUCCUACACAUUCCAGAGUUACGCCUGUCUAAGCAGAGUUCGCUCUCAACUCCAGUCUCCGUCGAUGAAACUGCAGCAGGCUGAAAACCCUGUUCAGUUCUACGAACGCUCUGUCUACUCAGACAGGUACGUGUUUGCAUCCAACCUGUUUGAGUGCGGUAACCUGACAGAAACAGAGUGGAGUGUUUAUCAGGACUGGCACACCUGGUUACUGAACCAGUUUGAAACUGACAUCGCCCUCGACGCCAUCAUCUACCUGAGAGCUCAGCCACAGCGGUGUAUGCAACGGUUGCUCCACCGGGGCAGGGAGGAGGAGCAGGGGAUUCCUCUGGAGUAUCUUGAACAGCUUCAUUUCAAACAUGAAUCCUGGCUUUUCCACAGGAACCUCAGGUUGGACUUUGAGUACUUGAAUAACCUUCCUGUUCUCAUUCUGGAUGUCGACGACGACUUCAAGAAUGAUCGGAUCAAACAGGAAGCCAUCAUUGACAAGGUCAGAGAGUUUCUCACCACGCUGUAGAGAUGUGUGCGAUGUGAGCAGUGUGAUCUGCUGAUUGGAUGACCCAGUUACACAUUGCAAAUGUUGCUGUGUCAAAUUGUCAAAAUUUCCUGUGUUUUUUAAACUCAGUCCGACCCCUUCUGGGUCAGUCGGUGUGGUGUUAACAGUGCAGAACUUCACUGAUUUUUAUUUUUUGCUGCAGAGUUUUAGCCUUUUAUUCCACUUCAUGUGUAUAUAUAUAUAUUGUUUUUAUUCCUAUUUUUGUAUAUAUCUAUUGAAAUGUUGCCUGUAGUGUGUGUGUGUGUGUGUGUGUGUGAGUGUGUGAGAACAUUAUGUAGUUUAAUGAAUUACUUUGAUAUUUAUGCCUCAGUGUUUUUUUCAUGGUUAAAGUGAUGUGUCAUUGAACUCACCAUGAUCCCUUUAGUAAUGAACGAACAUUGUCUCUGUAAAUAUGACUCAAUAAAGAAUUGCCGACUGA